UCCUGUAACUCAGCCGGCUUGAGUGUUUCUGGGUGAAACCUUCUGAGUGACUCUCCUGGGUGCUGUGAGCGGAGCUCGGCAAGCUCAGAACUGCAGACAUGGAUGUAGUGACCUAUGAUGACGUGCAUGUGAACUUCACUCCAGAAGAGUGGGCUUUGCUGGAUCCUUCUCAGAAGAGUCUCUACAAAGAUGUGAUGCUGGAGACCUAUAGGAAUCUCACAACUAUAGGCUACGUUUGGGGAGACCAUACUAUUGGUGAACAUUUCCAAAGUUCUAGAAGACAUGGAAGGUAA